AUGUCUACAGAAGCACAAGUAUCGGAUAUCCUGGAAGCUAAGAAAGAAGUAUCAAAGAGAUGUCUGACAAUAUUAGAGUCGGAAUUAGUACUAUCUGAGUACCUUGAGUAUCUUAAAGGAAAGGUAUCGUCUUGCACAUCUUCAGGUGAAUUGUCAACACCCAUCGAUAGCAACAAGCGAACCACUGAUCAACAAAUGGCGAGUGCUGUAGAAUUGCUUGACCACGAUGAGCUAGAUAUCGAUCAAUUAUCACCUGUAAGUAAACGCAAACGAAUCCGGUUUGAAAGACGGCAGGAAGCUAUUGCUGAUAAGGAUGGGAAUACUUCUGGUUCGACAAAUGAUAAAUCUGCUAUGAAGGCUAACGUCAGACGAGAACUAGAGACAUGGGGGAGUCCUACUUGUCUGAUUCCUAAGACAAUCCUCGUGCAAAAGGGUAGAGGUCGUGCGACCAAAACCGAGAAACAGGAAAAUACUGGGCUGGACUAA